GUUACGUAAGUAUAUUAUAAAGGUUUAAAAAGUUAUGUUUAAAUUAUAAUUAUUUAAAUUAAUAUUUAAUAUACCAUAAUAAUAUUAAAAUAUAUACGACGUUAACGGUAGCUAUACAUAACAUUAAAUUUAAUUUUUAAAUAACUUUAAAUCUUUUAAAUCUUUUAAAAAUAAUAAUUUUUUAAACCUUAAUAAUAACCCCAUACAAAUUUACACUAAACCAUAACAGGCAUCAAAUAUAUUACAUAAUUAACGCAAUACUUAUAACAAAGGUUUUACUUACCCAUAUAACCAUAGUAUAGGGCUAAUGCAGGUAAUCGAAAGGGGAAGGGCAGGUUGAAACGAUUUACUAGCAUAACGACAGCAAUAGGAAAGUAGGACUUGAGUACCUACCUAACCUACAUAAGUGUGUACUUGCUCUAGUAAACUUAGCUACAUGUCAUUCCUUCUCUAAAUGUUUCCUCUCUCCUAGCUUCAGCUCUACUUUAUUCCCCUUUCCCUUUCCCUUCCUUCUUCUUCCUCUUCAACUUCCAAUGCCCAGUUCUUCUUAUACAUAACAAGUUACGCGCACAAUGACCUCUUCUGAUCUCCAGCCUCCCCUCGAUACCGCCCGACAUAUUCGUUACUGGCAGCGAUGUUUCCGUUCUGUACUCCCUCAUCACUACGUGAGCAACGAUAGUAUCCGUCUCACCCUCGGAUUUUUCAUAGUCGCCGCUCUCGACCUCCUAUCCUCGCCUUCAUCAUACUCCGAACCCCCAAAGGAUCCCGUGAAAGCCUCUCUUAUAAGUCGAGAAGACCGUACUCGCCUAAGAGCCUGGGUUCUAUCACUACAACAUCCGCAAGGUGGUUUCUGCGGUUCACCUCACCACGUCCUACCAGCAAAGUAUACCACUAAGUGGGAUGCUAUUAACAAUGUCGAAUUCGCAUUGGACCCAGCCAAUGCUAACAUAGCUGCUACCUACUUUGCCCUUCUUCUGCUAGGUAUUUUGGCCGAGGAUGACGGCUCUAAAGCAUUCGAGGGAGUAAACCGCAUAAAAACUCUACGCUGGCUAAAAACGUUGCAAAGGGACGACGGAAGCUUUGGCGAAAUUAUUGACGAGGAUGGGUAUGUAGGGGGAGGAAGGGAUAUGCGGUAUUGCUACCUGGCUGCUACCAUAAGGUGGGCUCUUGCGGGAGCUGAUACGGAUAAGGACUUUAACGUCGAUGCUCUUGUGGCGCACAUACGACGAGGGCAAACUUUCGAUGGUGGUCUAGGUGAGAGUUCGACACACGAGAGUCAUGCUGGAUAUGUAUACUGUGCUGUAGCGGCGCUAUCCAUUCUUGACCUCACUAACCCAAACGUGGCUACGGAACCGGACCGUUACCUUCGAGCCGGCAUUCCCUCCAUCCCGUCUUUAGUGCAUUUCCUAGCUUGCCGCCAAUUUGACUACCUUGAACCUGAUUCCGACGACGAAAGUGACGAGUCUAAGAAUCACCCAUUACCUGAUCUAUCUACCUUAGCUAUAUCAGACGCACCUCAAAUUGCUGGCUUUAAUGGUCGCCUGAAUAAGGUUGCCGAUACGUGCUAUACGUGGUGGGUCAGCGGUACGUUGUUUAUGCUCGGCGAAAGCCAGGUUAUCGAUCGCGGUCCCGCGAGGAAGUUCAUACUAGAGAAGACGCAACACAUGAUUGGCGGAUUCGGUAAACAUCCCGGUGCUCCUCCCGACGUGUACCACGGGUACUUAGGGCUCGCCGCCUUGGCAACGUUAGCCAAUGCCGAAGGCGACGGAAAAAAGGAGGAAGGCAUAGGGAGAUUCGACCCGCGUCUAUGCAUAGGAAUCGAAGCCUCUCAGAGGGUCACUAAGGCUAGGGAGGCAUUACUAGCCUCUUCCGAGGAAGAAGAUAACAGCGACGAUGACUGGGCGCGUGAGACAGAAAAGAUAAAAAAGGAACUCGACUGGGAUAAGACCAGAGAAACUAUUGCACGGCUAGAGGCUAAAUGGAAGACUGAGGGCAAGAUACCUAUUCAUGAGAUGGAUAAGUGGAAUCCUUUCUACCCACCGAAGCUGGACGAACUGGACGCCUAAGCAGGCUAAUGGGCCGAAUCAGCAUAACGAGAACAGAGGAAUAUAUGGAUUAACUAGAUUAGAGGAGAGCUUAGAAGAUGGUUUGUUGGAAGAUAGUAGUGAGCCUGUCUGGCUGGGAAGUCAAUUAUGAAUCAACUGACUGGUCAAAAUAUGUCCGUUCUAAUAGGAGAAUACCGCCAAAUAAAAUAAAGAGCGGUACCGAGCGUUUGCUUUAGGUAGUCUCAAUAAAAAAACGAUACCCUUCCCCUAAUCACAUCAGGAG